GCUAAAACUGAACCCCUUUCCAAGUCUGAUUUACGGUUGUGUAAUAGCCCGAUUCGUGAAUCAGAUUAAGGCCCACACAUCCCCUAGCCGGCAUCUCCCGUACCAAAACCUCAACGGUGGCAGCAUGCUGCGUGACGGACGGAGCCGCAUCAAGGCAAACCCGAUUCAACGUACUACUUACUAUUUUAUUUCAGUUCAGUCUCUCCGAGCGGACGAUGUUGGUGUGCUUUGUCGAGUGGACCAGACAAUCUUGACUUUUCGUCUAUUUGCAUCGCGUUCCGUAGUGUGAACGGUGUAGUGACCGGCCGACUGUGAUCAUUGCAAAUGACUAACGACUGGUCCAUACUCUUACUUCGAGUCGGAUCAACGGAGAAGCGUCCUCGCUUCGAAUAAGUCGAAAGAAGAGCGGCCUACGGGCAAAGUUCGUGUCUUCACCUGAGAUCGAGAGUCGCAGAUAAACAAAAAAAUCACAUAGCGAAAUAUCAGGGAAAUAAGAUGGAUGUGGUCAAGUUAACCAGGCAAAUGUUUUCGCUGGUAGGAGAUUAACUCCAGGUGGCAGACUGGCAAGCUGAAGAUAGUCCAAUUGAAGAAUGAGACGCAGUAAAUCAUUCGGCCACUACAUACAUUCUGCCUGAUAACCUGUUAUCAGUGGCGCCUCCCAUAAAUCGACUUGCUAUGACCCCAAAACAUCGAUAAACCUCCAAGGACGAAAUCGGGAAACCAUUAACAAAAAUCUAGUCAUAAAAGCUGAUAAGGCAUAUCCAAACAAAAAGUGAUUUAUUGAUGAUUAAUUUCGACACCUGUGAUCCGUUAUGCGUACCAUUAGUUCGUUAUGUUUGCUGUUUUUAACGACAGUGACAGCGCAACAGAAGCGCGGAGUGGUGGGGGGCUACGGCCCCAGACCACAGAAACCCAACAUAGUGUUGAUACUGACUGAUGAUCAGGAUGUGGAGUUGGGAUCUUUGAAUUUUAUGCCGAAGACGCUGAAGGCUGUGAAGUACCAAGGCGCCGAGUUCCGGCAUGCCUACGUCACGACGCCUAUGUGCUGUCCGUCCAGGUCGUCGUUGCUCACUGGGAUGUAUGUCCAUAACCAUAACGUAUACACCAACAACGAUAACUGUUCGAGUACCACCUGGCAGACGACUUAUGAGACCAGGUCUUUCGCAACUUACCUCAGCAAUGCAGGUUAUAGAACAGGUUAUUUUGGAAAAUACUUGAAUAAAUACAAUGGAUCCUAUAUACCCCCCGGUUGGAGAGAAUGGGGUGGCCUAAUUAUGAACUCCAAGUAUUACAAUUACUCCAUUAAUAUGAAUGGAAAGAAAAUUAAACACGGCUUCGAUUAUUCCAAAGAUUAUUACCCAGAUUUAAUAGCGAACGAUUCCAUCGCCUUCUUGAGACAAUCGAAAAAAAAUAGUGCUCAUAAACCAGUAAUGCUGACCAUGUCCUUCCCUUCACCGCAUGGCCCAGAGGAUUCAGCGCCACAGUACUCGGACCUGUUCUUCAACGUAACUAGUCAUCACAUUCCCUCUUACGAUUAUGCUCCAAAUCCAGACAAACAAUGGAUUCUCCAAGUCACAAAUAAAAUGAAGCCUAUUCACAAACAAUUCACCGACCUUCUUAUGACCAAACGACUUCAAACACUACAAUCAGUAGAUGCAGCAGUCCAAAGAGUUGUGGAGGAACUUGAACGCCUAGGGGAAUUACAGAAUACGUAUGUCAUCUAUACUUCUGACCACGGUUAUCAUCUAGGACAAUUCGGACUCAUCAAGGGAAAAAGUUUUCCUUUCGAAUUUGAUGUCAGAAUACCAUUCCUCAUACGUGGCCCUGGAAUAGAUCCUGGAGCAGUUAUAGAUGAAAUUGUGCUGAAUAUAGAUUUAGCGCCAACGUUCCUUGACAUAGCAGGUGUGGAUACUCCACCACAUAUGGAUGGUCGCUCGAUUUUACCACUCUUGCUGAGCAGUAAAAGAAAGAAGUUGAAAUGGCCCGACACAUUUCUUAUCGAAAGUUCAGGUCGUCGAGAAACCCCUUUUCUGGACGCAAAACUGAGGAAAUUGGCGGCAAGAGAACACCUUCGCACUUCGACCACUUCAGAUAUCACCCCUAUAUACGAAUCAACCCCCAUAUACGAGUCGACCUCUGUUUUUCUUUUGAGCAACGAUUCACAGCCGGAUGAACCACCAAUAUCUUCGUCCACUGCUGCGAACAAGGUUUACGAAUCUGAGGAAGCGACUGAUGAUGAUGGUAAUGAGAGCGACCAUGAAGAUGCCCUUCCGGACUUGAACGAAGACGUUCACAAAAUACGAGAGCUUGAAAUAGAGAUACAGGAGGAAGAGCUAACUAAUCAGGAUAAACCUCCACUAAAACGAGACAAUAUGCAGUUAGACAAUAGGGUUCUGCCCGGUUUCAUCCCGUUGUAUAGUAAAUUCGAACGUUUGGGCAGAGAAUGCUCCCAGCCCAACAUGCAGAAGCCUUGCACAACGAACCAGAAAUGGUUUUGCGUGCACGACAACGGCAGGUGGAGAAAACACAAGUGCAAAUCAAUUGUUCCCAAUUCGAGGGCAGCCCUCGUCGAUAACAAGUAUCGAAAGUGCGCUUGUUUUACACCGAACGGUCUGGUAUACAAAAAAGUUCCGAUCGAGAAUAUGCCGAGGAAAAGGAAUUUCUCAAGGAUAAAGCGCAAUGUAGAGUUAGAUGAUAUUUUUUUCUCAGAAUACGAUGAAACUAUUGUGGAUAAUUCCAGAAAUAAAAGGAAUGCUUUGGAACGAGUAGAUAACAGAAUGAAGAAUUUAAGGGGCCAACUGAAUGAUCUUCAAUUAAUCAACACAUCAGCCAUCGAUGAGCAGAUGCGAUCAAGAAACUUGGAGACCAACCUCAUCGGAGAUUCAAUAUCUGGAUGCAGAAUAUUAGGCAGGGGCAACGUGAACUGUUCAAAUUUGGUGUACCACAACAGAAGAGUUUGGCAAAAGUCAAGACUGGAAGUUAAUAACGAAAUACAGGAACUGAAAGAGAAAUUGGAACAGCUGAAAGAAAUACGUAGACAUCUAAAGCAUUACAGGCCGGAAGAACACGAUAUCUUGGAUCAUGAGGAUUCUGAUUUCCUCGACCAAAUUCCGGAUAACGCAAACCCAUUGCCGAAACCCAACAGGCGAAAACACCAUAAAAAGAUGAAUGAGAGGUUCCAUAAGCCAACAAGGACUAAAUUAAUUGCGGAAUAUACGACUGAAUUAUCGAUUUCUGUGAAUGAAACGGUUACUGAAGACGUUAAGGAUGAAAUGACAACGGAACUUUUGAAGCCAAAUAAACAUAAGCAUCAUAAACACCUGUCAACACUAGAUGAGAAGAAAAAUUCAGAUGAAAUCCCUUAUCCUCCUAACAACUGUCAUUGUGAAACUCUUGAUAUCGAUUCGGAUGAGUUUUCCAGUCAGGAAGAUGUAAGAAAUAACAGGAGAAAGCUGGACGAAGAGAAAAUGAGACGAAGAGCUAGAAAACAGAGGAAGAAGGAAAGCUUAGAUAAGCAGUGUUCUUCUGAAAGGAUGAACUGUUUCCACCAUGACAACGACCACUGGAAGACUGCUCCCUUAUGGACCAAUGGUCCUUUCUGUUUCUGUAUGAAUUCAAACAAUAAUACUUACUCUUGUGUAAGGACUAUUAAUGUUACUCACAAUUUUCUCUAUUGUGAGUUUACCACUGGACUGAUGACUUUUUACAACUUGAGAAUAGAUCCAUUUGAGCUACAAAAUCGAAUAGAUCAACUGAAGCCAGAGGAGAGAUCGUUCUUGCAUGACCAAUUAAGAGAUUUAGUCAGGUGCAAGGGAAAAUCUUGCACGGUUAACCAAAGUGCGAUAUCUACCAAUAGAAUUCGUGGAAAUAUGCCCCAUAGGACUGUGGAGAAUGGCUUCCAUAGAUAUAGAAAAAGGAAGCUAUUUCUGGAUCAGUCAAGGAAUGGACAUGGUUCCCACGAUGGAAAUUAUCAAUCUAGACAUUUCAUGAAAUUAGCGAAUAGAACCAAUUCCAGCCAUAUCGAAAGUAAACGACCCAUAUCAAACACAUCCAGAAGAAAACGAAAACAUUUGGCAGAAAGAUUUUAGAUUAGUUUAGGAUUUUUAAUUUAUACAACUAUUUAUAUUUAUAUAUCGUGCAAAUAAGUUAUUAAUUCACAUAUUGCUUGAUAAGUAGAAAAAAUGUGAAACUGCCCAUUGAAUAGAAAAGUGAAUAGAU